CCGUCGCCGUGGUGGAUGAGGAGGGAACUCAGCAGCUUCACGUCACCGAGGUGAAGGUUGGAGGACUGGCUGCUGCCAAAGGUCUGAGAUCUGGGGAUGAGAUUCUCCUGCUGAACGGUAAACCAGCGUCGGCUCUGGGCAUGUCAGACAUGCGGACGGCGUUCGUGAACCCCGCCCUGACCUUGAGCGUCAGCACCCUGCCCCACCUGGACGCCUCCCUGCUCUGCGUCCUGCCCCCCCGACGCUCGGACGGAGAGCAGGACCUCUGCACGGACAUCUUCUCUCAGAGCCAAGAGGACAUUCUGGAUGAGGUGUCAGGGCUGACGGUGGAGAGCCCAGAGGACAGCAUGGAUGAGGGGCCUCACCUGGCCUCUGAGCGCCCCGGAGCCCCCCUGGAGGAGGGCCCAUGCACAGAGACGGCACACAAGAGUACAGAGCAGGUGACUGCUUUCUGCCGCAGCCUCCACGACAUGAAUACCCCAGAGGGCCCCGUGUCCUCGUCCUCCUCCUCGUCCUCCUCGUCCCUCCCCCCCAGCCCCGUGUCGGCCAUGCCACCCCCGAUGGCCACGGGCACGGCCACCCAGAGGCAGCUCUCCCAUGCAGACAAGCUACGCAAGGUCAUCAACGAACUGGUGGAGACCGAGCGGACCUACGUCAAAGAUCUGAGCUGCCUGAUUGAGCGCUACCUGACGCCUCUACAGAAGGAGAGGUUCCUCUCCCAGGAUGAGCUGGACGUGCUGUUUGGCAACCUGGGGGAGAUGGUGGAGUUCCAGGUGGAGUUCCUGAGGACCCUGGAGGAUGGGACCAGGCUGGUGCCCGAGUUGGAGCGCCUGGAGAGGGUGGAGCAGUUUAAGAAAGUGCUGUUCUCACUGGGUGGCUCCUUCCUCUACUACGCUGACCGCUUCAAGAUCUACAGCGCCUUCUGUGCCAGCCACACCAAGGUGCCCAAGGUCCUGGCCAAAGCUAAGACGGACCCCGAGUUCAAGGCCUUCCUGGCGGAGAGGAACCCCAGACAGCAGCACUCGUCCACCCUGGAGUCCUACCUGAUCAAGCCCAUCCAGAGGGUCCUCAAGUACCCCCUGCUGCUGCGGGAGCUGUACUCGCUCACCGACCCUGACAGCGACGAGCACUACCACCUGGAUGUGGCGAUGAAGGCGAUGAACAAGGUGGCCAGCCACAUCAACGAGAUGCAGAAGCUGCAUGAGGAGUACGGAGCGGUGUUCGACCAGCUCAUCAACGAGCAGACUGCAGACAAGAAGGAGGUGGCUGAUCUCUCCAUGGGGGAUCUCCUGCUUCAUGCCACAGUGAUCUGGAUCAACGCUCCCUCCUCCCUGGUCAAGAGCAAGAAGGACCCAGAGCUGGCAGCCUUCGUGUUCAAGACGGCUGUUGUCUUUGUUUACAAGGACUGCUCCAAGCAGAGGAAGAAGAUUGGCGCCUCUCAUCGGGCGUCCGUGUCAGAUGAGAGGGAUCCAUUCCGCUUCCGUCACAUGAUCUCCACGGAUUCCCUUCAAGUCCGCGCUCUCGCCAACUCUGAGGGCACGGCGGUGUGCGAGAUCGUCCACGUGCGAUCCGAGUCCGAGGGAAGGCCGGAGAGAACCUUCCACCUGUGCUGCAGUUCUCCAGAGAGUAAGAAGGACUUCCUGAAGGCGGUCCACUCCAUCCUGAGGGACAAGCAGAGGCGCCAGCUGCUGAAGACCGAGUCCCUGCCGCCCAAUCAGCAGUACGUGCCCUUCGGAGGCAAGCGCCUCUGCGCCCUCAAAGGAGCGCGUCCCGCCAUGAACAGAGCCGUCUCGGCACCUUCUCGGACCCUGGGCCGCAGGAAGCUGGUGAGAAACCGCUUCACCAUCGACACCGACAUCGUUUUCCACGGCAACAACAACGGCGGCGACUCGGACCCCUCCCAGCCGCCCUCCGAGCACCCCCUGCUCCAGGCUCACAAGUCCCAGGGCGGGGGGGACACCGACCGCUGGGUGGAGGAGCAGUUUGACCUGGGCCGCUACGACGACCAGGGGCCACGGGGGGGGGAGGAGGAGCCCGUGAAGGAGACGGACAUUUUGAGCGACGACGACGAGUACUGCAAGUCGGUCAGGGCGCCGUCGGCGGAACCCGGCAACCUGGAUGGGAGGCUGGAGGGCCUGUCUCUGGAGGAGGAGAGGACAGAGGGAGCGGAGAGGGACGCGGAGGAGGAGGAGGAGGAGAAGAUCUAUGGGAGGGAGGUGGGGAACCAGGAGGGGGGAGGAGGUGGUGCCCCGAGAGACCAGGGGGAGGAGUUUGAGGCCACAACCCCUCCUACAGGGGAGGGGUCCUCCCUGUCGCCGUGCGCCCCCGCCCAGCGGCCCCAGGCCUCCCCGAUGAAGCUGAGCGCCCUCAGGAAGCAGUGUGCCGUGGAGGGGGCCACAGAGGGAGACUGUGAUGUCAUUUGGGUGCGACGGGACGAUUAUGCCAACGGACGCAACAGUGAUGUCUUCUGAAGGGGAGAAGUUGCCAUGGAGAGAUUGUUUGAUUUGAUUUGAUUGAUUGAUUGAUUUAUUGAUUGAAAAGCAGAAAUGUGACUGUGUUUGUUCACUCAAGCUUUAAGAAAGGAGGUUUCUGAGGACGAGACGAGUACAGAAGGAAAAAGGCCUUCUCCUUUUAAUGUCCACCUUACUCCCCCCUCCGCCCCCGCCUCUCCCCUCCACCCCUCCAUUCCUCCACAUCCCCUCCAUUGUGCUGACAAUCCAGGGACACUGUACGAUGCUCCAGUGUUCAGCCGUUUCGUGGCCCCAGCUUUGAACCAGGUGGUGUGGUGGCCAGGUCAGUCGUACACACACACACACACACACACACUCUGAGUGUUUACUCACCUGUGGAACAGUCACCGGAUCUAUGAACUGGAUAACACGCGUGCAUGUGUACACGCACACCAACACAAAGCGAGAAUCAGAGACUCCAGGCAGCUUACCGUACCAUCCACACGCACACACACGCUCGACCACUAGAAAUCACUCGACUUUGACCUUGUUGCCAAAAAGGGACCUUGUUUUAAACACAGGAAUGUGGGUCUUAUUUUGCUUCUGACUCUGAAACUGUGCUUGUAUCUUGUAACACUCAAGGGCUGUGUGUUCAACUGAAUCUUUCUUCAGGGGCUUUUGGCUUAAGACUGCUGUGUAUACUGAAACUCUGCUAGCUUUACUGCGCUUUCACUGUUUUACUGAUUAGCGGCUGCAUUCCUGUGAAUGUCCGGGAGCACAUUAGCACAACGUCGUCCACCUACCUACCUACCUACCUUUUUUUUUUUUUUUUUUUUCGUAAAAUGAGCAUUUCUUUGGAACACAUCCAUGUUUCUCAUAUCAUUUUAAGCAUUGGUUUUGCCUGUAGAUAAAAUCUGCUGAUUUUACCAGUGUUGACGCUUCUAUUGACAUGCAAUUCAACUAUCCAGUAUUAAUAUCCGACUCUUCUCAUCAAAAGAUGAACUAAUAAUCAUAAUAAAUAUACCAAUCCUGUUUUACUUGAAUUUUCUUUGAAUUGAUUUAGACAGAACACAAACCCUGGCUAAUUACUGACCUAUCGGCUUUAGUUUCAGUAUGGAACCAUAACCCUGCUCUACCCUAACACAGCUGUUCCUGGGCCAACACCCACACAAUAUCUCAGAGCAUGAGACUGCUGAACUAAGAUCAGUCUUAACAAUUAGAUGACAUUGAUAACUGCAGAUAAUGGAUAAUAUGGACUGUGUAACGAUCUGAUCUAAGGUCCUACUCUUGCUUUGUGAAUAAGGGUCUCUGGUCUGUCUGCUUUCAUCAACAGCAUGACAGAAGAAACACACUCAGAAAUCUCUCACUUUCCUUCCAACUUGAAUUGCAGUACUAGAUUCUCCCACUAAGCUGUGCUGUCUCAAACCUACAUACUUACAAAUACUGUACAUACAAAUACUCUCGCUCAAUAAUUAACCACGAGUUGCAACUGUGGAUGUUUAAGAUGAUGCUGAUACUCUGAAAAUAUGUUACAUCCAGAUACAGGCUUCUAUGAAAGAAGCUUCGAAAGGUUUGAUGUUGUUCUCUUCUGUUUAUCAUGAUGACUUGUUAGGUUUAGCACACAGGGUGACAACAAAACUGUAUUUUUUAACCAGUAGGACCUAUCCCUGAGAUUGUGAAGUACAAUCACGUGUGUAUAGAGGUGAGACUUGUGUGAGAUCCUUGACUUUUCCCUUUGCAUUUUUAAACUGUGUUGGUACAUAGGACUGUGUAUUAUCAUUAUUAUUAUUAUUGUCAUUGUUAUUAUUGCUAUUAUUAAUAUUAUUCUUAUUCUUAUGAUCAUGGAAUAAAUUUUCUAAACGUA